AUGGCUUUUUGGGUCACUACCUUUCUUCUUCUCUUAUCCUUCACCAUCAGUGUUGCCUGCAAUGAAGAGCUCAAAGCGGUUCAGACGGCUCGCUUCGGACUCUUGCAAGGUGGGAGAUGGGCUCGGAGUUCAUUGAGGCUUCACGGGUUGAAUCUUGUUGAUUCGGGUUAUGUGGGUGAGGCUCUGGGUGACUGUGUUAAGCUUUAUGAAGAGUCCGAGAGCCGACUGACCCGGUUGCUCUCGGGUGAGACCCGAAACUGUGAUGAUGCGCGUACGUGGCUCAGCAGCGCGCUGGCUAGCCAUAGGACCUGUUUGGAUGGCUUGGAGGGUAAGGGGAUGGCUGAGGCUCCUAUGGCUCGGAAUCUCACCGUGUGGCUAAGUGAAGCUUUGGCUUUGUAUGCGAAGUAUAAGGAGCCGGAUACGGAUGCAGAGAAGGUGCAACCGACAUUGAAACCGAGCCAAAAUGAAGUGAUGCUAGCUGAAUGGAGUCCAAAAACAUCCAAGGCAGACAUCGUGGUGGCCAAGGACGGAUCCGGAAAUCACAUGACAAUUAAUGAAGCUGUUGCUGCACUAACCCGCAUGGUCCAUAAGAGGACUCGAAGAGUGGUUGUCUACGUGAAGUCCGGGAUCUACAAUGAGAAGGUAGAGAUCGGAAAAAACUUGAACAAUGUGAUGUUUGUUGGUGAUGGUGUUGAUAAAACCAUUAUCACCGCUGAUCGAAAUGUCCACGAUGGUGCAACCACUCCAAGCUCCGCCACGUUUGGUGUGUCUGGAGAUGGCUUUUGGGCAAAAGACAUAACGUUUGAGAACAGAGCAGGGCCUCACAAACAUCAGGCAGUGGCAAUGAGGGUGAGCUCGGACCUCUCGGUGUUCUACCGCUGUAGUUUUAAAGGUUAUCAAGACACAUUAUACGUCCACUCUAAUAGACAAUUCUUUCGCGACUGCCAUGUAUAUGGCACUAUCGAUUUCAUAUUCGGUAAUGCCGCAGUUGUCUUCCAAAACUGUGAUAUCUACGUGAGAAAACCAAUGAAACGCCAAUCCAACAUGAUCACCGCACAGGGAAGAGACAUCCCGGAAGAGCCUACUGGAAUUUCAGUACAAGGUUCGAGAGUUCUCUCGUCUCCUGAAUUCACUACUGUUAAAGGCUCUUUCAAGAGUUUCUUGGGUCGACCUUGGAAGCGAUAUUCUAGAACUGUUUUCCUAGAGACAGACUUGGAUGGUUUGAUUGAUCCAAGAGGAUGGACAGAGUGGAGUGGAAACUAUGGGCUGUCGACAUUAUACUAUGGGGAGUAUAAUAAUUCAGGUGGUGGAGCAUCGACAAAGGAAAGAGUGAAGUGGCCUGGUUUUCAUGUGCUAAAUGGUGCUGAAGAUGCUAUGCCUUUCACAGUAAGUAGAUUCAUACAAGGAGAGAAAUGGAUUCCUGCUAGUGGUGUUCCCUUCUCUCCUGGAAUUUAAGAGAGGUCUGACUAUAAUUAAGUCUGUAAUUAACUAGUAAUUAAGAUAGUAUUGUGAAAUAAUAAUGGAUCCAUCUCUAAUACUACAUGAGUUGCCUUAUGUAAAAUACCUAAUAUGCAAGCAGCUAUAAAGAGAAGCCUAAUAUGCAAUCUCCAAAGUGUAAUAUAGAUGUUGUCUUAUUACUCUCAUAAU